AUCUUUGACCUGGCUAUGAGUUGAUUGUCAACAAAUAAACAAAUUCUGUAGAAACACUAAUUGCUGUAGCAAGCAAGAUCAAAACCAUGAACGUCAUGUCAACGGUGAAAGAAUUAUCUUACUGUUGCACAAAGAAUCUGCACUAUGUAACUUGCAUAAUAAUAGGACUGUUAAGUGUGACCGCCUUUGGCAAUUUUCAAAUGUUUGUAUCGAAACAAUCAUUAAGUUUCUGGGACUCAAGUAAGUUUAAGUAACUUGCUCGUUUAAGUUAGUUGAGUUUGCUAGUUUUAUUUCUUAGCGACAUAUACUUGAUAAACAUUGAAACUAAUAAUACAGUCACAGGAUACUUAUUAAUACUUCAUAUUUUCUAAACUAAUAGUUCCUGGUUAGUCACUCACUCAUACUCCGUGACAGACAAGAAGACAAGAGCUAGGCAGUCAUUUAAUAUAAUAGAUUCUACAUCUACACACAUAGUCACAUAGCAAUGGCAAUAGUCUAUAGUCUUUAGUCUAUAGUUACCUGAUAGUUUUUAUUUCAGUAAAUUCAGUAGUCAUACUACUCAUCAUACUCAUACUAUACUGACUAUACUCAUACUCUCAAUGAUUUGACAAUGAUUGAAUGACAAUGAAUAAUGGGCUAAUGCUGAGAAUUGGCAUUGGUGCCAUGACUAUGACAUCAUUAGGGAUACAUUUAGUUUUUGGGUUCAGGUUAGGUUUAGGGAUACAUUCAUUUAGGUUUCAGGUUAGGUUUAGCGAUACAUUUAGUAGGGACCUCGGAAUGGCCCGGAACUACCCGAAAAACAGGUAUCGUGAUUUCGUUGUCAAAAUUGCGACCUCCACUUUUUAAUUUACCCAGGGUAGUGUUGUUUGGAAUUUUUUUUGCUGAAGUUAGUUUUGUUAGUUAAUUCUAAUUCCGCCCUCAACUUAAAGCAAACAUGUUUGUUGUUCAUUUGACACUUUUCUCUUAGUAAAAAUGUAAUGGUUUGACUUUGAAAAUUGAAGGUAAAUAAUAGCUAAAUUCACUCAUUCAUAUUUUUUUUUGGAAAACACACCUUUUUUUAAAAAAAAAUACCACUUUUAGAUGAAUUUAUAAACUACAACAUAUCCAAAAUUCGUGAGGUUAGGGCCAAUACAUUGGUAAGAUAUCUACAUACAUAAUUUUUGUCACAUGUGUCCCAAAAUUACCUAUUAUCGAUAAUUGACGUUUUUUAAAGUAAAUGACUUGAUGUACUUUGGAAAUCCAGCACAUAAGUCAAUAAUAAUUCAUUUUAAAACAAAUUAACAUAAUUGAAUAGCACCAAUACUUAUUUGUCAUAUGAUCUGCUGCUUUUUAGAGAAUUAAUUGGGGAAUGUGAUUGACAUUACAACUUAGACAAUUAAUUAAAUAGAAAAUUAUAAAAUUAUAGUAUUUUUAUUAUUAUAUAUUACUCUAUAUUUAUAUAUUAUAAAAUUAUAGUAUUAUUAUUAUAUAUUUAUAUAUGUGUGUGAGUCCCCUGUGAGCGCUAGCCUCAUUCCAACUUAUUAUUGUAGGACCUAUUACAUAUUUUUGUAAUUAUAUUUUUUAUAAAUUAAAAAAAAAAACUAAAUAAAAAUUGUUAAAAAGAUAUUCUCUUACCUUUGAUAUUGAAAUAUCCUAUAUUCACUCACAAAUCACAAUAUUUCACAUGAAAAAUAUCAUAUAAUCCUCAGUAUUCUUCAAGAAAUAACACACUUUCUGCCACAAUAAUCCAAGAAUUACUUAAGGUAUUACUAAAGAACAAUCAUAAAAACUUAUACUUACCUCAAGUAAAUUACUAGAACUUAAUUUAUUUUCAAUCAACUGCCAAAGUUGAUUCUAUCAAUACAUGUUGAUUUGUGAAACACCUUUACUAACUUAAAAUAAAUGACAUACUAUUUUUUGGUCAUAUUCAGACAUUCAUAUGAUAUGGGACUAAAAUGCAUACUAGAUACUACUUACCAGCUAAGUGCUAUUUCUUAUUUUUAUACCGUUUUUUCUGUUGUUUUGUUCGCUGACGAAGGCUUUCUGCCGACACGUUCGCUGUUUUGUUACGUUUAUUUUUUCAGGUUUAACCCUACUCUGUUUUACUCAUUUUAUUUUGUACUAAGCUGAUUGCAGUCUCUCCCCUUAUUACCCCUACUAAAUAGUUAGUAAGUACUGGGCUAAAUGGGUAACUAUAUUUAGUAUGCUAUAAUAAGGCACUUCCAUAUCACCAGAGACACGCCGAAAACAGGGUAUUGUGAUUUCGUUAUCAAUAUGGCGACCUCCACUUUUUAAUUUACUGAGAAUCCCAUUGUUUACGAUUUUUUUUAAAAUUAUAGCCCAGCCUGUACAUUUUAUUUCCACCCACAACUUAGUAGGCCUACACAUGUCGAUGAUGUUUUAUGUAGACCAGUGGUUCUUAACCUGGGUUCAAUCGAACCCCAGGGGUUCGGUGAGUCAGUCUCAGGGGUUCGGCGGAGGUAAAAAAAAAAUAAGAAAAAAAAAAUCAUUCGGUGAAUGCACAUAUGAAACUGGUGGGUUUCGGUACCUCCAAAAAGGUUAAGAACCACUGUUGUAGACACUUAAGUUUGAAAAGAAAAAUUGAGUUCUUAACUUUGAAAAUUGAAGAUAAAAUAAUGCUAACUUUACUCAUUCUUUUUUUUUUUUUGUGUGGAAAAGGUGUAUUUCGUAAAUAAAAAGUGCUGGUAGAUAACUACAUAAUUACAACAUAACAACAAUUUUUGAGGUUUGGAUCCAGUUCAAUGGUGAAAAAAUGAAAUAGGGGUUGUCCAAUAAUUAUGUCAACAAUUUUUAAUCAAUUUUUUACACCCCCCUCCCCCCCCCCCACACUUGUCAACAACUGACAAACUUUCAGUGACCCCCCUAUUUAAUUAUGUCAACAAUUUUUUAUAUUAUCAUAAAUUAUAAUAUAAAUUGAUUUAUAAAUACAAUUUACUUUGUGCUGAUCUAUUUUAAUCACACAAAAUUGUAGGAAAAACAUUUCAUUAUAUGUUUAGCUUGUUAAUCAACAAGUUAAAAAAAUUUUACACUUAAAUUUUAUAAUGCAGAAUCAAGUAAAAGGUUGUUAAAGACUAAAUAUCAUUGUUUCUGGAAGUAUAAAUAUGAUUAUUUUCAAUAAAGUAUAUUUUCUAGCUGCUAUCAUCUUCUCAUGGAGUAGCUAGGCGUUGCUCUAUUGUAAUAAUGGACAUUGGGGACAUGAUUUGGGUAGGGCAGAGUGACAUUUGCGCGGCCCCCCCCCCCAUGAAUUUACAGGUUUUAUUUAAAUUGCUAUGGACUGUAGCACCUCCAGUAAUAAACGACUUAACAAGCCGACCAAGAUUUGGUUUUCCCCUCCCCCUUUCCACUCCCUGAAAUGACGCCCCCAUAUGGGCCUAGUCUAUUAGUAGCUGAUUUAUAUAUUUAUUUAUUUUUAUUUAUUUAUUGAUUAUAUAAAUAUAGGCCUAGAAAAGUAUAGUAUUGUAAGUAUAGGCCUAUCCCCACCCCAGCUCAUUAUUUGUGGGACCCAUCAGAGGCGUAGCGAGGGUGUUUGGCGCCCGGGGACAAGAUCCAUUUUAAAGCGCCCCCUUUUCUUUUUUUCAACUCUCAAACCCAUUAUUUUUACCAGUAAUAUAAUAUCAAAGCACAUUUUGGCAUCACUAUCUAGCUUGCGCCCGGGGACAUCUGUCCCCCCCCCCUGCCCCACCCUCGCUACGCCUCUGGGACCCAUUAUUUGUUAUAUGUAAUGAUAUUUUAAUGAAUAUUAUGAUUCUUUAGGCAAAAAUUAAGUAAAAAUGUAAAGCAAUAUUCACUUACCUUUGGUAUUGAAAAAUCCUAUAUUUAAUCACAUAUCACAAUAUUCCACAAGAGAAUUAUGACAUAAUCCUCAGUAUUCUCAAAGAAAAAACACACUUUCUGCCCCAAUAAUCCAAGAAUUACUUAAGAUUUUACUAAAGAAAAAUCAUAAAAACUUGUACUUACCUCAAGCAAAUGACUAGGUCUUAUUUUAAAUUCUAUCAAUUGCAAAGUUGUUUUUAACAAUAGAUGUUGAUUUGUGAAACAAAGAUUACUAACUUAAAAUAAAUGACAUACUAAUUUUUUUAAAUACAUGUAUAGAAAAUGGUAAAAUAAAAAGUAAAUUUGUCAAUUUUAACUUAAUGAAUCAAAUAAUCCCUGUAUUAUUUGUUUAUACUUAUAAUUUUUAAACAAUUCCACAGAAAAUUUGAAAUUAAUAUCUAACGCAGGGCUGUCUUAACAACAUAGGAGGCCCUGGGCACAGCAAUGCACUGGGGCCCCCUAGCAACACAACAUACCUGGGCCGUGAGAAGGGGGGCAAAGCAGGCACUGGCCCCAUGCUCAAACAGUUGGGGGGACGGGACAGUUCCUGCUCCCCACCAACUCACCAAGAGAAAUAAAAAUGUAAAAUAAAAAUAAGCAUUCAUUCAAUAAAGUUAAACAUCGAUGAAAUCAAUUUAUUGAUACAAAAAACAAAAUCAUUCAAAAUCAAUAAUAUUAAGGAUGUCAUUUUCCAUGCACAUAAGUGAAAGCAAAUUCAAACUUUUUUGUCCCAUUGUACUAUGAAGCUGAUUCUUACCUUGUUUCCUUAUUUUUUUUAAUUCAUGUUUGGGAAAAGUAAAACUUGUUGACGAGAGUUAUUCCCCUUUAAAAGUUUUAAAAUGACCAACUUUGAUUCGAAUUUAUAAUAUUAAUUUUGGAAUGUGCUGAUAUAUAUCCUGGGUUAAAAUUGGGAACUUUGUUAUUUUAAAUAUAAUUAAAUUGUAAAAAUCUUUCAAUAUUCAUUAAAAAUAUGUAAAGUAUGAAGUCUUUAUUAAAUUUAUUUAUUUAUUUAUUUAGGCAUUUUUAUAUAGCGCUUAUCAUAAAGCUCUAAGCGCUUUACAAUUAUUAAAACAUGUAAACUAAGUAAAUACAAAUGAGAUACUAGGAUAGUAACUACUAUUUUAUAGAAACAAUGAAAAUGACUAUAAAACGAGGACACUUUGACACUUCAGGAUCAACCCGAAACAGAAAAUGAGGUAGGGCAAGGAGGGUGCAUCACAGGUCAUAGGCGGACCUAAACAGAUGAGUUUUAAGGGACUUUUUGAAAAUGGACGAGGUUUCACUAUGACGUAUAUGGAAGGGGAGCUGGUUCCAGAACGUGGGCCCAUGGAAGCAGAAGGAGCGUUCACCGAUGGUCUUAGUUUUAGUUCUUGGGAUUGAGAGGGUUCUACUGUCAAUGGAAGAACGUAGUUGUCUUGUGGGGAUGUAAGGAAGCAACAGUUCAGAGAGAUAGACAGGAAAGUGAGGGUCAGUGAACGAGUUGAAGCAAAGAUUGGCAGACUUGUAUUUGAUGCGAGAGGAUAUUGGAAGCCAGUGGAGUUGCCGCAUGUGUGGUUGAACGUGGUCAUGUUUCUUUGAUUUAAAAAUGAGUCUGCAUGCUGAGUUCUGUGCCUUCUGAAGUUUUUCUAUGUGGUGUUGAGGAAUGCCUGAGAGAAGAAUGAUACAGUAGUCAAAUUGAGUCUCCUAGAAACGUGGGCCCUGGACCAGUGCCCACUGGGCCCAUGCCUAAAGACGGCCUGAUCUAAAGAAUAUUAUUAUUAUUGUUGGGAAAUUUUUAAAUGUAUUUAUUAAAAAAAGGUAAUUAAUUAAUACAAAAAGUGACAAGUCGGCAUAUUUUAUACAUUUUCAUAAGGAAAAUAAUAAAGAUUUUUUUUUUAAUUUUGCGGAAUAAUAACAAAAACUAAACUUAUAUUUUGUGGCUUUAUUUAGAAGACCUCAUAUUCAACUAACUUCCCUGAAAAUAUUAUAUUUUUGUCUCAUUUUUUUAAUAAAGAUUAUAGUUAUAGGUGUAAAAACAAAGGCAAAAGAAUGUUGAGGAAAACCCCAUAGUGAAAAAGUGUUUUUGAGGUCAUUACUAAAAAAUUCAUAACCUUUAAACUACUAGAAAUUUGAUCUUGGUGUUUUUGUAAAUCUUUCUCUAGGCUCUAUGAUCUGUGUUGUUUUUUUUUUAUACUUUAAAAAAUGUUUUGAAAUUUUCAUCUUAGUGCUUAGUCAUAUGUGUUUAGUGUAAGUUAGUAUGCCUUAUUUAUUAAUUUAGCAGUAUAUUUUUUAGUCCUAGACCAAGAGAUUAACCAAAUAAAUAAGCUAAGUUAGUAAAAAGAACAUAUUUAUAUAAUACAGACAUAAGUUGCAUGCUAACACAACCAGGCUAAUAAAUAGGAUAGUGUUGAAUAAAAAGUAUUUACACUAUGGUACCCUCAGUGGUGUAGCUAGGAUACAUAAUAAUAAUAAUAAAGUUCACUUCAAAAACACGCUUCAUCCCCAAAGGCUCGAAGCGCAGCACAUGACAUCUAAGGGCAACACAUGACAUCUAAGGGCAACACAUGACAUCUAAGUAUUACGAAAUUCCAAGACUAUGAGAGCUCAUGCAGACCACGAUAUUUGCCCUUUCCAGGAAACAAAAUGCUAAAUGCGCUGCCUGGGUGAGAAUGACCCUUUGCCCCCCUUCCUAUGCCACUGGGUACCCUAAACUAAAUGAUUAACUAAAUGUUUACCCAGCUAAUUAAAAAAAGGCUAGGCCUAAGAUUGGCUAAUACUUAGGCUAAGUAGAUGGUAGCUUGCCUCAGGAGCCUAAUAAAAAAUAAUUUUGUCUGAAGUCUUAAUACUUUAAUUUAUGUAGUAAUAUAUUUAGCGAGAUGAAAUGCACCACAUUUCUUGUGUGAUAAACCAAAACACAAUUUCACUGAAUUCUUUGUUAAUUAGAAAUAUAUCCUUGACCUGAAGGGGAUAUGAUUGUCCCUUGCCAUAUUAUGGUUUACUUUUUGCAGUCUCGCGUAUAUAUCUAAUAUAGAUACCCAUACAGAAUUUUAUAUGUUGUUAAAAUUACGUAGUUUUAAGCGUGUAGAAAGUGUUUAAGAGCAUAGGAAGUGUUUAUGAUAGUAUGUGGAAGGUUAUAACAAUGUGGGAAAUGUUUAUAGGAGUGUGGGGAGGUUAAUGACAAUGUGGGAAAUGUUUAUAGGAGUGUGGAGAGGUUAAUGACAAUGUGGGAAAUGUUUAUAGGAGUGUGGAGAGGUUAAUGACAAUGUGGGAAAUGUUUAUAGGAGUGUGGGGAGGUUAAUGAGAAUGUGGGAAAUGUUUAUAGGAGUGUGGGGAGGUUAAUAACAAUGUGGGAAAUGUUUAUAGGAGUGUGGGGAGGUUAAUAAUAAUGUGGGAAAUGUUUAUAGGAGUGUGGGGUUUUAUAAAGUCUUAAAAUAUAUAGUUAAAUAUCGGGUGGCCACUUCACAUAUUUCUGCCUAUAGCAGGAGGUACUUGAACCUAUUUCCCGUGAUGGAUGAGGGACCACUGUAUAAUUGCAAGAUAUGCCAAAAUAAAGAAAACAGACUGAUGUUUUAUCUCCUGUUACUUACAUUUUAAGUAACAAUGGUUACUCCUAUUAAAAACAUGAUUAUUUCAUUUACAUGUCCCAAAAAAAAAAAAUAAAAAGAAAAAAGAUUUCUCUAAUGUGUCUUCCAGGGACUUCAGUCUUAUCACGCUUCCUAUGGGAUUUACUGCUGCUGAUUACUUUCAUCGUUCAACAUAGUUUGAUGGCAUCAUCAUGGUUCAAAGUCCAAAUGUCAUCCUGGCUAAACAUUAGCAUAUCGGAAAGACUCAUCUACUUAACAGUUUCAUCAUGUACUCUUCUGGUAAGGUUUCUUUUGUUCUAUGAAAGCAUUUUUGAAUUUUCUUCAAAUCAGAAGUCAUGUUGUUGUUUUUUUGUAACUAGGAGGAAGUUGUAACUUCCAGACAAGUUAAUACAUUUCUAAAUGCCAUGACAUGCCUGUACAGUGGUUGCCAGGGCCAUUAUUGAGCUUAAGCUCCCAACAGUUGUGACAUGCCUGUAAUGUGGUUGCCAGGGCCAUUAAUGAGCUUAAGCUCCCAACAGUUGUGACAUGCCUGUAAUGUGGUUGCCAGGGCCAUUAAAGAGCUUUAGCUCCUAACAGUUGUGAAACCCCGCAAUUUUCUUGCCAGGGCCAUUAGUGAGCUUAAGCUCCAGAGAGUUGUGACUCGCCUGUAAUGUACUUGCCAGGGCAUUAAAGAGCUUAAGCUCAGCCCCAAAACGAGAAUCAACAUAUUUAUUUUCUUCUACCAACAAUAUUUGGUAUAUUAGCAUGUUACUAAAAAAAAUUUUAUCUCAUUAUUUUAGAUUGUUAUUACGCAGUGGAACUCAAUCCCAGAAGUCUAUCUCUGGUUGGUGGACACCCAAAGACAUUUUCUUCUGUGGCUAUUUUUCUUACUCCUUCAUGUUACCGCCUGGUUACUCAUGUGUUUAGAGAUCAUCUUGAUGGACUGUGGAGAACUGUUGGGAUUCAGUCAGGUAAUGGAAAUAGGAUUUCAGAAAUAUCUUAGGGGUCUUUCCCAAAUUAAGUCAUGUAGGGGGGAGAGGAGGUUGAGAAUUUGUGAUAUCUUGAUUUUUUUUUAAAAUCUAUAAUUUUCUAAUUUUGAAUAUAUCUUUAUUAUUUAUUAAUUUUAAAAACAUUAAUUUAAGUUUAAGGCCAAAAUGGAAAAAUUACACAUUAACAGUUGUGGCCAGUUUACAUUCGACUUGGUGAGGACUUUGUUGUUUUACGUCACAGUUUUCUAAUGAUACUACAUCCUAAUCCAUUAUGGGGAAGUGUUACAGGAAAAAAUAAAAUCUUAGUUCAUUUAUGAAAAUUUUAUGUAUGUUUUUAUUUUUUUAGGUGCGACGUGACACGGGGAGUGGUGGUUAAGAAUUUGUGACACUCUGUAAUGGGGGGAGGUGGGGUCUAAAAAAGGUCAUUUUUUUGUGUGCUGUAAUUUGCGAACAACCCUUUCAAAAUGAACAAUAUAUCUUUUUGUUUUGUCCAUGUAAUUAAAGGAGUGCUUCUAAUGUGAAGCAACUUUUGUAGUCAUGGGCUAAUUUUUCUUCAAAGAAAUUAGAUAGAAUGUAUGACAUUUUGAUAUCUUUUUGGGCAAUUUUAGACAAAGCCACAUACACUCUUGAUGUUUCCAGGCCUGAAUGACACUUGCAGUUCCUCAUAAGGAGGCAAAGAAUUGAGUCCGAAAUCUUACAUGGUUCCCAAGUUGUUUUGGUUGGCCACAACCAACUGGGAUUGGAGUCAUUUAAAUUCAUUCACACUAAUAGUCCAAGGGAAACAACCAGUUGAUCCAUUUAAAAAUUAUAAUAACAACCUGAAAUUAUAAAUUAUAAUAAAAGUGGAUGAGUUUAUAAGGUGAGUUUAAUUUAGUUUUUUUUUUCUUGUCACAGAUAUAUAAUCACUACAAUUCUCUGCCGUGGCCAAUGUCAAAGAAAGCACGCAUGCUGCGAGAGAUUUACUCACGUAUGAGGCAUCCUGGUGCCAUUUUGUUGACAGCCAUGCUCUGGCUGCAUCCACUCAUGACUUUGGACCGCCUGAUUUUGGCCUGCACUUUGACCAGCUACAUAAUUGGCCGACACAGCUUUGAAAUGGUCCACUAUGAGUUUGCAGAGAAAUAUUUUACUCUGAAAACUUUUCAAAGGGAGUCAUCAGUGAGUUAUGAUUACAUCACAGAAAGCUGAAAUAUUCUGAUAUGAAUUUACCAAUGAAAUUCAAAUGAUAUCAAAUAUCUGUUUGAUUUUGUUUUCUGAAAAGCCUUAUAUUAAAAUUUAGUUACGCUAUCUAUAGCUGACAGUAACAAUAUUAUGUUCUACCUCUGCUUGUCAAACAAAAAUAUUGUAAUACAUUAUACAGUUGCAGUUUAUUUGAGAGGGUGACCUUUUUUGAAAUCAUUUAUCAUAACUAGUUUGUUUCUUUGUGGCAAAAUCUUCGGAAGGCUAAUUUACCCUCUGCCCGUCAUUUUAUCGAGCGGAAACCUGGCACAUGGAAUUGUUCCCAGGGACAACACAUUCUUUCAAAUGUUUAACCCCAGCCCCAAAAAUCAGAUUUUCCUUUGUUUUCAAACUACUUGUUGCCGAAGGUUCGAGAAAGUUCAUACAGUUUACUAGGGGUUGGUUCUUUUUGUAAGUUAAGUUUUGAGUCUUUGCCUAUUUUAGUUCUAUCAGCAGUCAAGGUUAUAAAUUAUUUGUUUGACUGAAGACGGUAAAAAUAUUGAACUCCUUGUUACUUUUGGUCAUCCAAUGGAAUUCACCCCAUGUUUCUAAAAGUGGGCAGGUAAGUUCAUAGCUGUGGUUUGGUCAGCACCAGGUGUAGUCCUUGAUUUGCCCUCAAAUGAUUUCUUUUAUUUGAUAUGAGAUUUUCAUCAAGCUUUAUUAUGAAAGGCAACUAUCUAUCUAUUCAAUUUGCUUCCUUGAGCCAAUCAACGUGCAGGAAAAUGACAUGUUUUUAUAUAUUAUCAUACAUGUAAUAUUUAGCUAUACUAUAUGAUCAUCUGAGGUCAUGUGUUACAGAGUUUAUUAUGGAUGGAUGCUAAAUGAGGAAUUAGAUUCAGGCACUGUUCCUUUGGUAAAUAAAAAGAAUCACAUUUAUUUCUCAAUGGUCACCUCCCUUUGCUGGAGCCACAAAGGUUUUUGUAUAAGAAGUCAAUUGUGUUGAAAUUACUCUAUUUGAUGAUGCCACUAUUCUCUUUAUUUGAUGCUGCCACUAUUCUCUUCAGAGCAUUAGAUACUACCAAGUGGUUGUUUUAUUUAUCUAUAUAAAAUUUCUAUUUCUAUAUGACUGCACAUUGUAAGAAAUGCCUCAAUUAUUAGCAGAUAUUUUAAAAAUGUUUUGUACAUUUGAGCAAACCAUAAAUAAUGUCACACUAUUUAGCACAUUCUUAGCCCUUCGUUCUGUCACAAAUUGUAGACACCCUUGUCAAAGGUGGACAUAAAACCCCCCAGAUUUGUGACAUUUUGGAUGGAACUUUUCAUAUAUGUACUGGAGCUAUUUUAUUAUAUCCACUUUAUGCAUAGACCAGCUUUGUGUUAUAUAACAUUGCUGGAAUGUUUAUAUUAAACAUAUUAUCAAGGUGUUUUUAAUGUUAUGUUGUGGAAAAGUGGUGAAACAACUGGAGUAAACAAAAAGUAAAUGAAACAUUUUUUUACAUCUGGUCUAUACCCAUAUGAAGUUAUAACCCAAUGACCUGUCUAUUUUAGUCCCAGGCUAUUGAGUGAGAUAACAUGACAUAUCUGUUAACUGAAAUAUGAUAAAUAUAUUUAUUAACUCAGGACAAAAAACAGUUAACUGUUUGUGCAACACUAUUUUAUUUGAAACAACAAGUCACUUUCCGUGGGUCACACUUUGACCCCCCCAUUGUAGUAAAGUACCAGUAAACAAAACAAUUUCUGAAAGCAUGAACAUCAAGAGAUGUCAGUAGACCUGACAUGGGGAGAGGGGGGGGGGGGUGGAGGGG